CCCCCAACAACUGGCAUUCGGGUGAGUUCAAGGCCCUAAUCCAGUAGUAAAGUGGAACUCACACCACCCUGAGCUUGGAAAGAUGGUGUCACAGUCUACAGGCCGACACAAUUCUCCAGUGGACUCAUGGGACAGGGACAACAAUGACCCUGGCGACAUUGAUGUUUCCCCCAGCCUCCUGGACACUGACCAGCCUCCUUGCCACUCAGACGUCAGAUUCAUGAGGCACAAAGCUGCCUGGAUUAACUCCCAGUGUGAGCAGCAACAGUCUCAGGAUUCGUCCCCUCGGGUGCCAACAGUGAGGAAGAGUGGGAACCACUUUGGAGGGGACACAGCCUUGCCCCUCAACCCCUCACCAUUGUUUCUCGGGGACUCCAUGGUGGAGACAUCACUGUCAAAGGAUACCGCAGACUCUGCCCAGGGCUCAGGGGACAAGAGCAGCGACCUUUCUUUUACCUCAACAGAAGAGCAGGCGGUGUUCCUAGGACACUCUCCUCAGAUGUCUUUGUUCACAAGCUCCUCUCCUUGUCCUGAAGUGGACCGUGCUUUUCUGCAGCCUUCCCAACUGACAGCUUCUGUGGAUGAAGGUGCUGUUCAAGUCAGCAGAAGAACCACUUCUUUGAAUUCCUUCUCUCCGGAGGCAUUCCUGCUCCCUGUCGAUGUCGAAAAGGAAAAUGCCCACUUCUAUGUUGCAGAUAUGAUUAUAGCAGCAAUGGAGAAAAUUAAGUGUACGAUCCUAAGCCAACAGCACACAGAGCCCUGGGGUGUGGAAGAAGCCAGUGGGGUGCUCGGGAAUGACCAAGCUGACUCCGAAGUCACGUUUUAUACCAACACAAAGCAAGAAUCUGGGUCUUCCAAUUCUUCUGACAGCGGCUAUGAAGGUUAUGCUGUGUUACAGGGCAGCCCAGUGGCCGGGACACCUACUCACUCUGAUGUGCUGAAAGAAGCCUGUAAAUGUGACUUUGACGACUUUGUUAUUAUAGAACUUGGUGAGUUUAGCAAUAUCACAGAAACCUGUGGGUGUUCCUGCAGCUCCUCGAAGAGUGUCAUUUACGAGCCAGACUUCAAUUCUGCUGAGCUAAUAGCCAAGGAGCUGUACCGAGCAUUCCAGAAGAGCUGGCUGUUGUCGGACGUUAAUCAGCAGCCUGCAGGUCCUCCAAAUGCAGCUGGCUCGGUAGUAGUGAAUGAAGAGCGCAUCCGGAAAGACUUUGAAUCCAGUGUGGACGUCGUUCAGGAAAUCACCCUUAAGUCGAGGAUCCGAGGGGCUGAAGACUGGGAGCCCCCCAGAUUUCAAAUCGUAGUUAAUGUUCACCCACCACUCAAGAAGGAACUCGUGGUAGCAACCCAGAAUUUUUUGUGUGCUGGCUGUGGAACUCCAAUAGAACCUAAGUUUGUGAAGCGGCUCCGGUACUGCGACUACCUGGGCAAGUACUUCUGUGACUGCUGCCACGUCUACGCAGAGAGCUGCAUCCCUGCACGGAUCCUGACCACGUGGGACUUCAGGAAGUACUACGUCAGCAAUUUCUCCAAACGGCUGCUGGACGGUCUGGGGCCCCAGCCCGUUUUCAAUUUGCUGAGCAUUGGCCACGGCCUGUACGCCAAGGUCAAGGAACUGGACAGAGCGAGGGAAACCCGGGAACAACUUUUUCAUAUCAAGAAGCUGUUGAAGACCUGCAGGUUUGCUGAAAGUGCGCUGAAGGAGUUUGAGCAGGUGCCGAGGCAUCUGACUGAUGAGCUCCACCUGUUCUCCCUGGAGGACCUGGUCAGGGUCAAGAAACGGCUGCUGGUGCCCUUGCUCAAGGACAUUCUAAAAGCUUCCCUCGCGCAUGUGGCCGGCUGUGAGCUGUGUCAAGGAAAGGGCUUCAUUUGUGAAUUUUGCCAGAGUACAGCCGUCAUCUUCCCCUUUCAGACUGAGACGUGUAGAAGAUGUGCAGGGUGCAGAGCGUGCUUUCACAAGCAGUGUUUCCGGUCCUCCGAGUGCCCCCGGUGUGCGCGGAUCACAGCUCGGAGGAGACUUUGGCAAAGUUUACCUUCUGCAGCAACGUGAUGCUCGAGUAUUGUGGAAAAGACUGUUCAACAUGCCUUAGAACACCGAUUCCUGUCUAUCAUUGAUCAGACUGUUGCAGAUGUUGAGUACUGUAUAUUAAGGGAAAAAAGUAGCCAAUAUUAUUUUUUAUUAUAUAUAUUUAAUGUUUUAAAAAGAAUGCACUUUUUUUGGUUAUUAAGCAUAGGUUUGUUACUGGUGGUUUUGUUUACAAAUGUUCAGUGUUCUUGCUGCUGCUGGUUUUUUUUUAUGAGUUUUUUUGAUACUUCUUCAAUUGUAUUUGAGUGGUUGUAUGUAGCUGAUAUUGGAGCCUAUUUUUGUAUGAAUUGUAACUGACAAGACAAAUGACUCCGUUUGUCUUUCUCUCAAGCCUGUUUUGUGAAACGGAUUGGUACUCUCAGUGAACAAAAAUGCAGUCAACCAUCUGUCUACUCCCCGGUUUUUUCUGACUUAAGUGCCGUUUCGUAAUUAUAUCCGUUUUGUAAUCAUGUUAUAGAUUUUCCUUGCUCCAGGGUGGGUAGAGAGAGUACACAUUACUUCUGCAGGUGCACCCAUUUCAAGACGAGCUGCAGUUGCUCAGCGGUGCCCGGAGCUGCUGUCAGAAGCAGGUGCAUCUACGCCACGCCCUUAGAGACACACAGACCUGCGCGGCGCUUGUCAUCUCUCUUCCGAACACUGAGUCAGGGAUGCGAGGCUGGGUAGAACUUCGUCCCUGCCCUUUAGGAUUUUGUCUCAUCCGUAUAAAACUGAACAUAAGGUAUUUACAGACUUAAAUCGUGGGAAACUACUGUUAAUGAACAAUGUGAUUUUAGUAAUAAUAAAAUCAUAGACAUCAAUUAAAAAGGCGAGGCAAAUCGCUAAA